CAAGGAAUAUCCUAACUCGUGGAACGUUUAUGAGGACCAAAGUUUAUUCAAGACCUCGCCAGUUGAAAAUCUGAAAGAAAUGUCUGUACAAUUUGAUGAUUUGUUCAAGAAGGCCUGGGAAGAGGAAGCCAUAGUAUCUGUGGAAGAUGGUGUGUGUUCUGGUGAAUCACCAAAAGCAGAAUCUAUUAAGUUAGAAGUUCAAGUAAAUCAGCUCGAAGGCUAUAGCAUUGCACCUGCAUUGGAAAAAUCUGUGUUGGAUGAAAUUUUGUCCCUUGAUUCUGGAGGAUUGUCAUUAAGAUCCGAUCAAGCUACUGACGAUGGUAGAGAAAAGAAGGAGCAGGCUUGGGUUGUAGUUGGUGGUCGCGAAGAGAUUUCUUUGCACUUCCAUGAGCUUGUACCUGAUAUGGCCCUUGAUUUUCCUUUCGAAUUGGACACUUUUCAAAAGGAGGCUAUAUAUCAUCUUGAAAAAGGGGAUUCUGUAUUUGUUGCUGCACAUACAUCAGCUGGAAAGACUGUUGUUGCGGAGUAUGCAUUUGCGCUAGCCACUAAACACUGUACUAGGGCUGUAUAUACAGCUCCCAUCAAAACCAUCAGUAAUCAGAAGUAUCGGGAUUUUUGUGGGAAAUUUGAUGUUGGACUUUUGACUGGCGAUGUCAGCUUGAGGCCAGAGGCUUCUUGUCUUAUAAUGACAACCGAAAUAUUAAGGUCAAUGCUUUAUCGAGGUGCUGAUAUUAUUCGUGAUAUUGAAUGGGUAAUAUUUGAUGAGGUGCACUAUGUCAAUGAUGUUGAAAGAGGUGUUGUUUGGGAAGAAGUUAUCAUUAUGCUUCCAAGGCAUAUCAAUAUUGUCCUUCUUUCAGCCACGGUUCCAAACACUAUCGAAUUUGCUGACUGGAUUGGUAGGACGAAGCAAAAAAGAAUUCAUGUCACUGGGACUACCAAAAGACCAGUACCUCUGGAGCACUGCAUAUUUUAUUCUGGUGAAUCGUAUAAAAUAUGUGAAAAUGAAAUUUUCUUAUCUCAUGGACUAAAAGCUGCCAAAGAUGCAUCCAAGAAAAAAACUUCAAGUGUUGCUAGCGGAUCCCAUGUUGGGGCUUCAGCAUCAAAUGAUGGAGCAAGGAAUCGAAAAAAUGAAAGCUUUAAUCGAAGCAAACAGAAUAAGCAUUCAGGUUCCCAGAAUUUAGGGAACUUUUCAGGAUCAAGUUGGGGAAAUCAAAAGAAUGGAGAUAGCCAAAACAAUUGGGGAUCAAGGAGAUCAGAUGCUUCUUCGUGGUUGUUACUUAUUAAUAAGCUCUCAAAGAAAUCUCUAUUACCCGUGGUUAUAUUUUGCUUCUCAAAAAAUCGUUGUGAUAAAUCAGCUGAUAGUAUCUACAGUAUUGACCUCACUAGUAGUUCUGAGAAAAGCGAAAUUCGCGUCUUUUGUGACAAAGCCUUUUCGCGUUUAAAGGGAUCUGACAGAACCUUACCCCAGAUUGUUAGAGUUCAAGGACUUCUUCAUAGAGGGAUAGGAGUGCAUCAUGCAGGUCUUCUUCCAAUUGUUAAAGAAGUUGUUGAAAUGCUAUUUUGUCGUGGCGUGAUAAAGGUUUUGUUUUCAACAGAAACGUUUGCAAUGGGAGUUAAUGCGCCGGCAAGAACGGUUGUUUUUGACACUUUAAGGAAGUUUGAUGGGAAGGAGUUUAGGCAGUUAUUACCAGGGGAAUAUACCCAAAUGGCAGGUCGUGCUGGUAGAAGGGGGUUGGAUAAAAUUGGCACUGUCAUUGUAAUGUGUCGUGACGAGAUUCCAGAAGAGAAGGAUUUGAAGCGCGUGAUAGUUGGAAGUGCUACCAAGCUUGAAUCUCAAUUCCGUUUGACGUAUAUUAUGAUCCUACAUCUUCUUCGAGUGGAAGAGCUAAAGGUAGAAGACAUGUUAAAAAGAAGUUUUGCUGAAUUCCAUGCACAGAAGAAACUCCCUGAAAAGCAGCAACUUUUAAUGCGAAAGCUAGCUCAACCUACGAGAACUGUAGAAUGUAUUAAAGGUGAGCCAGCCAUUGAGGAAUACUACGAUUUAUAUGCUGAAGCUGAGAAGAAUAGCAACCAGAUCUCAGAAGCAGUCAUGCAAUCGUCUGCAAUUCAACAAUUUCUUACUCCGGGAAGAGUGGUCGUCGUAAAAUCACAAUCUGACAAAGAUCACCUACUUUCAGUCAUUGUCAAAGCCCUUCCCAUGGCUAGCAGGCAGUAUAUUGUUCUGGUGCUAAAACCUGAUUCACCACCUGUCCAAAGUUCCUCAAGCGAUGAUUCAGACAAGAAAAAAGAGGAUUUUCCCCAAGGUUACUUUAUGGUACCAAAGUCAAAACGUGGCCUUGAAAAUGAUUAUUAUUCUCCAUCUACACGUAAAGGAUCCGGUAUUGUGAAUAUAAGAUUACCACAUGCUGGUGCAGCGGCAGGAGUAAGUUAUGAGGUUAGAGGAGUUGAUGCCAAAGAAUUUUUGUGCGUGUGCAAUAAAAAGAUACAAUUAAACCCAGGUAGGCUUCUUGAAGAUGUAAACAAUGUUGCUUACUCCCAGACAGUUCAACAACUUUUGGAUAUAAAAUCUGAUGGGAAGUUUCCUCCAGCCCUCGAUCCGUUAAAAGACUUGAAGUUAAAAGAUGUGAAUCUUGUGGAGGCAUACAAGGGUUGGACUGACUUAGUGCUAAAGAUGGUAGCUAACAAAUGCCAUGGCUGUAUAAAACUGGGGGAACACCUGAAAUUAGCAUCAGAGAUAAAGAAACACAAAGAGGAAGUCAAUAACCUUAAGUUUCAAAUGUCCGACGAAGCACUUCAACAAAUGCCCGAUUUUCAGGGCCGGAUUGACGUUUUAAAGGAAAUUGGCUGUAUAAAUGCUGACCUGGUUGUUCAAAUCAAAGGACGUGUUGCUUGCGAGAUGAACUCUGGGGAGGAGUUGAUCUGUACAGAGUGUUUAUUUGAGAAUCAAUUGGAUGACCUCGAACCAGAAGAAGCAGUGGCGUUAAUGUCUGCUUUCGUGUUCCAGCAGAGAAAUACUUCCGAACCUUCCCUUACCCCGAAGCUGUCUAUGGCUAAAAAAAGAUUGUACGAGACAGCUAUACGACUUGGAAAGCUUCAAGCCCAGUUCAGACUCCCAGUUGAUUGCGAGGAGUACGCUCGAGACAAUCUCAAGUUCGGUCUUGUCGAAGUAGUCUACGAAUGGGCAAAAGGAACUCCAUUUGCAGAUAUUUGUGAGCUCACAGAUGUUCCUGAAGGCAUGAUAGUGAGAACUAUAGUCAGAUUGGACGAAACGUGCCGAGAAUUCAAAAACGCAGCGGCGAUUAUGGGUAAUUCUGCACUGCAUAAGAAGAUGGAGACUGCGUCGAAUGCUAUAAAGCGCGAUAUCGUGUUUUCUGCUAGUUUGUACAUCACCGGACUCUGAAAUGGCCAAUUCUAAGGUAUGUUGCCUCUUGAAUUCAUGAAAUUACAUGAGUCAAUUCAGAAUAGAAUGUUGAACUAUAGUAGGCAUAGAGUUUUGUACAUUAUCAUGUACUCUUUUUGUUAGUUAGAAAAGUGUCGAGAGAAAACAAGAUGAUCAGUUCAAUGAUACGAGCCUAUUAGUUUUCAUCUGC